UUUUGUUUGUUGUUGUUUCAAUGUUUGAAAAUGGCCACCAACAUUCUGUAGCCGGACAAUGGCUACAAGAGUGCGACCGGUGACGGGUCUACCACAUCCACGUGGGAAAUCAGAGAGUUUACAAAGUAAGGAAGAAGCAUACAUCUCUGCAAAUGCUCAACUAGAGGCACAAACAGCAGAUCUUGUUCGUGAAGCCGACAAAGUGCUGAAAGUCCAUGAUGAUAUCCUCGUGAAACCAGUUUCGCUGAUAGAUCAACUAGAUGCAGAUGACUUCUUCAGAGAUGAGGAGGAUGAAGAUAUCCCACACAGAAGGAAAUCUGUGGGAGUACGGAAGGCUGCAGUUGGUGCUAGACCCAAAUCUUAUAAUCUCAAUAAGGAAAACAACGCUGUCAGGCAGGAGACGGCCAGACGCCAAGUGGGCGCGGAGACGGAUGUCGCCGUCCCUGACGGUGCAGACGCCGACUUCAGCGAGGCCAUUGCGGCCAUCGAAUCAAAGCUGAAGGACGAUGCUGCCAUCUGUCGGGCAGCGGAGGAAGAUGACGACGUUCUGCCGGAGGCUGCUGCCGGCAUGGGCCCGGAAGUUACUGUGAGGUUUCUGAAAGCAAAAGUUAGAGUCAUGCACGAGGAAUUGGAUGAUUUGGUGAAAGAAUGCGAUAACAAGGAUCAGCGAAGGAGCGAGAUUGAGGCGAGACUCAAGACGCUGGAGGAGGACAAUGCUAAGCUGCUCAAGAUGAAGUCCUCUCAGCAGCUUCAGAUUGAGAAGCAGAAGAAGCUCGCGGAGGAAGCCAGGUGCCGAGCCGAGACCCUCAACGGCCAGCUGGUUGCCGUGAAGAGGGAGCUGGACAUGGUCCAACGGUCUCAGAAACAAGCGGGCAGCUCCCAAAGCGCGCUGGAGGUCAGGUUAAAUCGUGCUCUUGAGGAGCUGGAGAAGAACAAGAAGGAAGUACACAAAUCCCGAAUCUCCGCGAAGGAUGUGAGUGAGCAGGAAAGGAAGAAGGUUGAUGGUUUGAUGGCAGAGGUGAAGCGGCUGGACAGACAGAAGGCUGAGCUGAUAUCUGCCUUCAAAAAGCAGAUGAAAUACAUCAGCAUACUCAAGAAGCAAAAGGUGCUACUUGAAGCGGCAAAACUACUGUCAUUCAGCGAGGAAGAGUUUGUUAAAGCCCUGGACUGGGGAAGUGGUCUUACAAAGGCCUAACGAGCUCACUGCAGGGAUAUAUAAACACGAAUCUCUCUCAUCACUACUACCACCACUACUACUACCACUACUUCUACAGUGAGCCAAUGAGUACUAAGUAUACUUAUGUGAUACUAUUAGUGUAAAUUCUGGUCUAGUUCACCAAACAUGAAAGUAAGAUUAAUGACUGUUUAAAGUCAUGGGCAGACAUCAUUAAAUAAGCAUGUAUGAACUAAUAUCGGCAUUUCUUGUUGACGUUAAAUAUCUAGUGAAUUUAUUCAGAAUCUUCAGAAUUCUUCAGAAUAUAUUAAACCUGCAGAUUAAGCCAUCUGUGAUACUGAAGUCAUUCAAUUUUGAAAACAUUUGAAGAGGUGGACAUACUUGUGAUUUAUAAUGUAGUGAAUACGAGAACCAAAGUAAGCACACAUGAACGAGUGUAAUCCUAAUUGCCUUACAAUGUAUUAUGUUGCAAGCGAAGUGUUGGCAGUGAAACAUGUAAAAGUUAUGGAGGUCAAAGUAACAGUGUUUCUAAAUAAAUUGCACCUGACUUGUCUGUGUUAAUGGCACACGUGGUGAUAAUUAUUCACUUUUUCUGUUCAAGAUUUUCCAGAGAAUUUUAUAUGCGAUCACCUUUUGCAAAAAGUGCUCCAUCUCAAUAUUGGUUUUAACACUGGCAGUGUGAAUAUGCAUUAGUGCAUCUCGGGUUAAACGGGGUUUUCCGUGGAAGUUUAUGGUCGUAGAACUUUUCACUUGGAUCUAUUGCUGUGCAUUCGCCAGUUAUUUCUGAGUGUUUACAUGUGGCCAUCAAAGUCAAAUUCUUAUCUAGAAUGAGGCUAGAAAAUCCAUUAUUUACUAUAAAUUAUAAUUGAACUCAUUAAAAACUCAUUUUGAUGUCUUAUCUGUGAACGUAUUACAGAGCCAGUCGAUUUGUAAGGAACUGGUCUGUCUGUGAAGUUGAGGAGCCAAAACGAUGUCAAAAUUGCAAAGUUUCAUCUGCAUCAACUGUGAUUGAGUUGCCAUGAUUAUCGGCUGUGUUGUACACAAUGUUAGCAUUAAGAGAAUUGAACGUGCUAGCAUGGAAGUUGACUUCCUUCAAUUCAGUUGCGGAUGCUCAAACGCAAAUUGUCUACAGAUGCGUAACUCUAACCAACGCCCUUCAUUAACGAGGUCAUCCGUCCUUACCGUCCGUCCUGUUAUUAUUCAUUAUUGUUAUAUCUUUCUUUUUUUUUAUAUCACUUUAUGUAACGUAUCUAAAUCCUGCAUACGUUUAUCAGGAGUGAAUAAUAAUAGAUAUUAUUAUAUAGUUUGAGUCUCGUGUAUAAACACACAGCAGACUCACGCUUAGCACAACUCACGCUACUUGAGUGACAGCAUUGCACUGAGAGUGAUUAGUUCCCAAUGUUAUGGGUGUUUGAAACUAAUAUUGAGUAUUGCAUUUCUUCGCUUAUGUUCAAAUGUCGAUGUGACGGAGUAAACUGCAUAGAGCGAAUGAUCUAGGGCGAGUAGAAAUCUACUGUUUAGUGCAGAGUACCUCCAGGCUCUUUUACGCCAUACAGAGUAUUAUCAAUCGAUUUUAUCGUUAGCUUAUGUUUUAACGAUGUAUCAGCUUUGUGUUCAGUCCACCCAGGGCAGUGUGACUUGUAGUGCUUUGUAAUACGAUUUAAUUAAGUAGACUAGUUUUAAUGUGUGUGCCAAAUCACUUUUUGUAGGUUUGGUAUUAUUUUUUAUAUGAAUUAUGAUCUGCAUUUCUAUUCUAUUUUUUAGUUGCAGUCCAUGUAAUUAAUGUACACGGAUUAAUGUAUUUUACAAUACAGUAUGUCUGCGCCUUUGGAACAGUAAAUAACAACCCUAGUUUUGUCAUUAUACCUUGAUGUAUUCAGAAAUGAGAUAAGAACACUACAGUCUUGCUCUUACUGCUAAUGUGAUCACAGAUGUGCUUUAUUGAUAUCGAUAACUUAAUAUUCAGUUUGUUAUUGAUUAAUGAAA